CACCGGCUUUCUGCAUAAAGAAGAUUUGCGGACGCUGCCGUAACGCGAAAAUUCGGAUCGCUCCCGUAGCGGCGCGAAUCCGGCCGGGAGAGGGCGCAUUGACAGCUGUCACUGGGCGCUAUUUCGCUUUCUUCGCGGCCGGACGUGGGAGGAAAUCGUUUAUUUUUAUCACACACGACGAUGUUCCCGUAGAGUGCGACCGGCUGUGUACGUGCGUGACGAAACGAUCGAAAACAAGACGACAAAAUGCCGAACGAGGAGGUGUUGGGUCCGCGGAAGACGAUGUUCGUACUAGUGAUUGUUGUGGGAUGUUUCGCGGUGCUGUGGCCCAGGAUUCUGUCGCCGCUGAUCUUGGGCCACUCGCGGGACCAGCUCAAACCGAACGCGUUCGACCGGGAGGCAGGAUGCUGCGAAGUGAUGUUCGAGACAGAACUGGCGGUAUUGGAACUGAUCAACGAGGUAUGUAGUUCAGCAGUCCAUGUGGACGGAAAGCUCUCUCCAUACGCCGCUGCGGAGUGUCGCAAAGCCGUCAACGAGACCUGCGGAGUAGAUAUAGCGGCAUUCCUAAAACGAACUGAGAAUAUCGGCAAGACCUCCAAGAAACUAGUCGAGACUAUGAAGAACAGCAACUCCUCGUGCCUUAAGGAGCAUUUUGGCGUGCCCGUCUGGAGUCUCGCUCCUCACCAGGCGUUCAACUCAUGGACCCUACAAGACACUGUGAAACAAGAGCGUCCUCUGAACCGCGGCGCAGGGCCGCAUCCAGCACUGCGAGAGCGGGGCCGCGCGAUCCCCCAGGGCGUGGCCCCCGCGAGACCCGCGACGCCGAUGCCGCCCCACGUUCGGGUACGAUCCUCCCCGCUAUCAGUGUACUAUGAGCUCGACAUCAAGCCACCACCAAUCCCGGGCAUGCGGCCCCCGCUCGGCUCGCCCGGGGGUCCGGUGCCCACGCCAAAGUCGUCCAUGGGGUUCGUCAUGCCGAUCUACACGAUAUGCAUCAUAGUGUUCUUCGUGUACACACUUAGCAAGAUCCUGUUCAAGCGCACCGCGUCCGCCUACGAGCCUGUGAGUCCCGACCCCCACUUCAGGAGCAGGGUGUUCCGCGACGACUCCAGGACGUCGCCCGACAAGCUCGGACCCAAAGAGAGGGACACAAGGGAUGUUGAACUGGAGGCGCUGCGGGCGCGGCUUGCGGAGACCGAGCGCGCCAUGCAAAGGAUCGUCGGCCAACUGGCUCAGCGCGACGCGGAGGCCCAGGAUGAGCAGGCUCGCCCGUACACGAACGGUACAAUACUUCACAACACCGGCCCGGUGCAUAUCGUCGCCAGCGAAUACCAGGAAGCAUCCAAGGAAAAGAGUCCUGAACCUCAGAAGGAAAUGCCAGAACCUUCACCUGAGGUGAAGGAACCUGCCCCUGAAUCUGAAAAGCCUCUGUCAAAAGAAUCUUUAGAGACGAAAGAGUCUGAGGAAUUAGAGGCUGAAAAACAGGAAGAAUUGGUUCAAGAAAUACCUGCAAUACAAUCUGAAGAAGCAGAGAAGGACGAUGUUAAAGAAGAGAAGGGUCCAGAACAAAAUGACUUAAAACUCGUUGCUGAUGAAGAAGUAGACGAGAAUGAUGGCGAAGCUAAAUCCGAUAAAGAAGAAUCGGGUUCAGAGCCAGAGUUAAUAGAAAUUAAUAAUAAAGAGGAUGAACUGAUUAAAUUAACAAACGAUGACGUAGAAAGCGAUGACUACGUCAAAGUGGUACAGGAUUUCUUGAACGAGGAAGCUAAAGUAGCCGGGAAAGAAGAGAAACAAUCGACUCCGGAUCUCCUGGAAGAAGCUAUUAAAGAAGACUCACCUGAUAAACCUGAGGAUGACCAGGAAAAUGCUAGUGUAAAGGUAUUACCGUUUGUGAAGGAGAUGUCGCCAAACUGUGUUUUGUUACAAAACUGUACGGCGCUCAGUGUGGUAGGCAUGGAGGUGACGGCGCACACGGCGGACGGCGGCGCGCUGCCCCGCGCUCCCCCGCCGCCCGCGCCGCCCGCGCCUGCGCCCCCGCGCCCGCACGAGGCGGAGGAAGUGAAGUCGAUAUUCCUGGAGACGGAGAUUCCGCAGAAGUCUCGGGUCCUCGUCGCGGACUUCGUCGAAGACAGGCCCGAAGAAUCCGCGCCCAGUAGCAAUUCCCCAAUGGUGGUGAGCGGUAAAAUGACCUUGUCACUCAUACAGGACGCACCGAGAGACACUCCUGAGAAGGAUCCAGAAUCAACAGUGGAUGAUUUCACAACAGCUAGUGCGAUCACUCAACCAGCCGCUGAUAAACAAAUUGAAGAAGAGUCCGACGAAGAAAUAGAAAUCGAAGAAGAAAUAGAAGUGGAAGAGAUCGAGGAAGAGGAAGAAGUUGAAGAGAUUGAGGAAGACGAAGAGAACGAACCGGUGGAGGCGGAGAAACCAGAAGCAAAGGAACCAGUCAAAGUGCAAGAAGUAAAGGAAGCUGUUAAAGUACAGGAAGAAGUAAAACAAGCAGAAGAAGAUUCCGAAGAGGAGGUAGAAGUAGAUGAAGAUGAGGAACCAAUACAAGAUUCGAAAGUUGAACCGGUUAAAGAACUAGAUGCCGAUAAAGAAGAAGAGUAUUCUGAGGAAGAAAUUGAGGAGGAUGAGGAACCAGUGGAAGAGUCAGUUAAGGUAAAGGAACCAGUGAAAUUAAAAGAGCCAGUUAAAGGAAAACCAUCUGUAGAACAUUCAGAAGAUGAUAAGGAACAGAAGAAAGCGAAAGGAGAUAAAGAAUGAACUGAUAGGAAUUAACUUGUAGUGAGAGAAUGUUUGGUGGUUCUGUAAAUAAAAAUAUUAAACAAGUAAAAUGGAUUCAAAUAAAAAUACCUACAUUAUUUGACCCAUUAAAUGGACUCCAAAGAAGGAAUUAGGAAGGCAUAAUAUUUGGGGACCACCGAAAAAUUUUCAUGUUUGAAGAAAAAAUACAUCAGGCAAAAACAACAUUAGUAUAUUUUAUACGGAACCACUAAACAGUUAUUUUAUUAUUAUCUUUAAAUAUAAUUUUAAAAAUGUUUAUUUUUGCAAGUUAUAUUUUCUUAUGCUUUCGCUCGUCACGUUAUUUUUUACAAUUAUAUUUUUACCUUCGAUCGUCGUUUCAGAUGUAUAUUUUGUGCAAAUGUGGCCGUUCGCUUGUAGUAUAAGAUUUUAAGUGUGUUUAUGGACGUGGCAAUUUCUGGGGCAGAAUUUAUCAAUAUAAAAAAAGACCCCGAAAUUUUAGGCCUUGACAAAUAUAGUAAUAGUAAAAUUACUAUACUAAAAAGAUUUACAAUUACUCAGGUUUGCCUAUGGUCCUCAAUGACAGCAAAAAUUAGGAUUGUAUAUUCAUCAAUCGAAAAUGAACCAAUCAAAACAAGUAAUUAGUACGCCAUCAUUUAAUUCCGAUUUUUGCAUUCAGUGAUUUGAUAAUUAUCUAUUCAUUUCGAUUGAGAGAAUGUAAGGCACGGCAUAAUGAUGCCUCAGUAUGCUGUGAAAGUGCGUCCAUGAACAUGGAACUACGAAUUUAGCAUUGCUCUCAGUGUUCGAUAUUUUUGUGCCAAAUUUACUUCGAGCUUUUUAAUUUUUGUCAUAGUUGACCCCACACAUUUUGUAUUACAUUAACACCCCAUUGGCAAGUUUCCGGUUUAAACUACGAUAUUUAAAGAACCGGAAUGAGGUAGCCAGAUUAAUGACUGGUUAUUAUGAGUUUCACAGUUAAUGCGUCAUGGUGAAGAACACAAUGCAUUACCAUGUACUUGUAAUUUAAAGUUUUGAAAGAUUGUUUUUCGAAAACGUUGCUCGUCUCAUACUGUUCAAUUACAUAUUUUAACUUCUUAAUAUAUAUAUUUCAAUGGGGUGAUAUAACUAUGUAUCAAUGUGUCAUUUAUAGGUUAGCGGUGAUGGACACGGCUGAGAAAAAAUCGAUUAAAUAUUGAAAGUCUGACUUAUGAUCAGUCGCAUAGAGUUUAUAAUAACGCAAGUGUAAUAUUAAGUGGAGCGAAUUUUUUUGUUAUGAUAUAUUAAAUCUUAUAGUAGAUAAAAUUAAAUGGGGUUUUAAUUGUCUUCGAUUAGUUCAAUUGCCGGCACUCCGUCAGCGCUGAACCUUUAAAUUCACAGUCGCUGCUGGUCAUGGUUGAUGACGUCAUUUGUCGUUUCUUAGGCUGUCUUGCCAAAAUAUUUGUGGAUUAGUAUAGACAAUUUUUUUACCCUUAGCAAAUCUAAUUUGUGGCAAAUCUUCCUUCCAAAUGUUUAGCCAAAUUUUUACAAUGUUUUCCUAUUAUACACUAAUGUAUGAAUUAUAGGUAAUAAUAUAAAUUAAUAUUGUAUGAUCGCUUGCAAAAAAUAUUGUAUUAAACUAUAAUUAACAAGUUUCUUUUAGAAUCUAUUAUGUACAAUUUCUUAGAAUAUAAGAACCAGUUAUGGAUGUGCCGACGUAUAAUUAUCAAAAAAGGGUUGGAUUGAUCCUACAAAUUUUUUACAGCGAUUUUUCUUGCAAGCGAUUUUUCAUUAGUAUCAUGCCCCAACCUCUACAUGUGUUAAUGUAUUGGGUGUGUUAGAAUAGACGGUAAUUUUGCACUGGCGUGUAGUUUUUAUGCAUUUAAGUUUAUAUCUUUGUGAUUUGUUAAGAAAAACAUUAUUUAUUUUGUUAUAUUUUUUUGCGGAAUGAACCCUUUAUGUGCGAAAUUUUUCGUCAAUAUUUUAUCAUACCUCAUUAUGACGGUUAGGUCUCUGGGGUAAAGUGAUACAUCGCAUAAUAAGGGUGAAAAUAUUUAUUUUUGAAUGUUAACUAAUUUAUAUUAUUGAUUGUAAAUUUUUGUUUAAUGUGGAAAUGUUUUUAGACGUUUUAUAAUCGAGUGUAACUUAUUAAUACAUGGUAUUCAGCAUUCCUUGUCUUUCUGAAUGUGUAGUAGAUCCAGAUCAGAUUGUCUAUUUAAAUGUAAACAUACACAUUUCCGAUAUGUAUUGCUUGUUUUAGUUGUAAUAAAAUAACAGUAAAAAA